AGAGUGUUUUAACCUUCGUGUUGCGUGGGGACGCUAACUUUGAAGACAAAAAUUUAGGUAGAAACAAAAACACCCCUUUAAUAUUUUUGACUUUUAGAAUGAAGAGUGUUGAACCAUAGUGUUACUAAGGGUGGUGGUAAUGACCAGGGAAAGUUAAAAAGUUGACAAGACAAUGAAUAUGAAGUAGUUUCAAUUUAAGCUUAAACAAAGUGACUCAUAGAAGGGAUUAUAUAAAUGAGAACAUUUUCGUGGUAGUCGUAUCAGCAAGCCAGCACAGGACAGACACUCAACGACAGGACUACUACUACUGGCAGACAUGGAGUCCAGGCGAUUUCCAAUGCCGACGGCACGACUAGAAGCUCCGGGCCAUCAUCUGAAGACGCCGGUGAAAGCAACCUUCAAUCAUUCGACCAUACCAGCCUCGACCAGUAUGAAAGUAUUUGAAAGUUUGAAGCGAAAGAAAAUGACCAAGGACAAAGUGAAAUUCAUUCCCGGCGUCGUUCCGAGGACGUGGAAGGAGAUGCCGCAAGACUACGACCUCCUAACGGUACCGGUGAAACCAUCUCCUCUUAUCAUUUUAUUAAUUCAUUUCGCCAUGUGGUCCAUAGCUAAUCUGGACAAUUCUCCCGUUGAUUCUUUAAGGCAUUUAUUCAUCGAUUACCUUAACGAAGAGGUGGCCCGCAUGAUGAGCGAGAGACAUGUAACGAAGGAAUUGUUAAAGUUUCUCGAGGAUUCUGUAGCGUCGGCCCCCUAUUCCGUUUGGCUGCCGGUGGACGGAGACUCCAGCGAAAAUGGGGUAUUUUAUCGUGGCGCACGUGAAAAACCUAAACACGUGGUGCAACCUCUUUUGCUCACUCACUAUCAAGGGUAUGAAUGCAAUCGCGCCCACGUUGUUUUAAAUAUGUUUAACGGCUACAAGGGUAAAGUAUUUUAUCCUUAUAGCUACACGUUCAGUCACGAUAGCAGAGAUAAAACUAAUAAGGUAAUUCUCCUGCAAUAUUUCAUCUUACCAGCGCUAACGUCGUUGACGAUGCGCCGAGAACUCGCCGAGUUUAUUGGCUUAAGUAUUAAUAUUGAAAAGCAUAGGGCCCUCAUGGUAAAUUACAUUUGCGAAUCCAUUAAAACAUUGGUGUAUAAAUCUGGGUUUUUUUAUUCGUCGGAAUUUAAUCAAUGCGUGAAUGUAAUUGCAAAUAUUGAAAGUCGGAAAAUGACGGAUAGAAAAAAAUCUAAAUUGGCGCAACUCAUAGAGUAUCCGAGCAUUUUGACCGAUCCAUGGGUUUACAUCUCCGGGGUCGGCCUAUCAAUUGGGGACUUUGAUGUUGCAGAAUUCUCUAGAGGACUUUUUUAUUCCACGGAGUACGAGUCUGUCGCUCGGGAGACAUCGGAAUUGAUGACAUCUUUAUUUUUUUAUGUAUUGUAUGUUAUUAUUGAAAAACGGCGGGUGUGGGAUUGUCGCCUCGUUGUCGAGUCUAAAAACGAAUCUAUCCUGGCGGCCUUUUAUAAUUUAAUAUCGGACCUCCUGCGACCAUUCAAUUGUAACGCUGCCGCCACAUGUUCAUCCGUACUAAUACGUCAUAACAUGGCGUCGCAGGAGGACCUGAAUUACGGCCGCCUGGAUAAUUAUGAUACUCUUAAAACUCCGAAAAACAUUAAGGCUUUGAAAACCUUUCUCGGUUUCUCCUGCGUGACCGAAUAUACCAAAGUAGUGACCAAAAUUUCUCAAAAGUCUAGUCGCCGCGUCUUCGUUAUGCACCUGUGCAAUUUCGAAGACGAGGCGACCGUCGAAGCAUUUGUGAAGAAAUAUUUCGAUGCGACCACUCUGUGGCCAUUCGUCCUCGGUCUCUUCAUUUAUUUCAGUACGAGGGAGGACGAGGUGCUGACCGAGGAAUUGCUCGACCUAUGGUCGAAGCAAUGUCCGACCCUCCUGGCCACGUCGAUGAACGUGGCCAAUACCAUGAUGCCGAGCAGGUUUUUCAAAAACGCUUCUAUCAUGGACACGGUUCGGACAACGAUUGGCUUCCAGCAACCUGUUGCUGAGUCGACGCCUACCGGCGACGAACAGCGAUCCCAACAGCGCCGAGUCGACGCCUGCCAAAUCCGUGGAGGUCGACGACAACGGGAAUCCCGUCGACGACAAAUCCAGUCCUCCCCCGGCGGAACCCGACGACAAUGGCCGCGACGGCGUGUCCUGGCUCAUUGGUAGCAUGCUGUCCGGCAGCGCACUCGGAGCGAUGGUAAUUUACGGAUACCGCAAACGUUGAUCGAUAAUAAAGACAAAGACGAGAAGUU